AUGGAUGAUGAAUCUGAUGAUUCAAUUAUAACUAUGAGUAUGAUUGAAAAAGAACAAGAAACUAUGUCAUUAACAAUUACCACCGAAACAGCAACAACACCAGUUUCUCGUAAAGAAAAGAAAAAAAAAGGUAUUUUUAAAAAAGAUUGGUUAAAUAUAAAAGAAUAUUCACCAUGGUUACAAGAAAUAAAAAAUGAUCCUACAAAAGCUCGAUGUAAAGCUUGUUUAAGAACAUUUAGUGUUCAUUAUGAUGGAAAAACAGCUUUAAAAAAACACAUGAACAGUGAUCUUCAUAAAUCAUGCAUAAAAUCGUUUACUAACACGUCAUCGAUAGUAUUGCCUGCACCUUCUGUUAGUGAAAUACAAAAAAUUUCAGCAAUAGAAGGUACUUUUGUGUACCAUGGUGUUGCUGCUGAAUUACAAAUUAGAAAGAAUGCUAAUAUUUCUUGUAAAGAUUUUUAUAAAUUUAUUUUAUCUCAAGAAGAUUUAUUAAAAAAAAUAGCAUCAAAUGAAAAAUUUGAUAAAAAGAAACGUAUUCUUGAUAAAUGA